AUGAGUGAGUACAAUGUUAACGGUGAGCCAGGCGUAACCAAUGAUGAUGAGUUGUUGAUGAACAUGGGAUACGAGCCAGAGCUCGCCCGUGAAUUCUCCCCUCUACAGAUCUUUGGUGUAAGUUUUUCGAUCAUGUCUCUAGUUCCAUCCAUCGCAUCCGUCUUGAGCUAUUCUUUGCUUGCAGGCGGUAUCGGUAUGACAUGGGGUUGGUUUAUCCCGGUUUUUUUUAUUUUUUGCAUUGGUCUGAAUCUCAGUGAAUUCGCUUCGGCCAUGCCCACUGCCGGUGGUCUUUACUGGUGGACUCAUAAGUUUGCUCCCAAGAAAAUCGCCGCACCCAUGUCUUUCCUGUGCGGAUACACUAAUACUCUCGGUCUCAUUGCCAGUUUGGGAAGUAUCAACUAUGGUUUCGCUAACCAGCUUUUAGCCUGCGCCCAGAUGGGUGUUGAUGGCUACUCACCGACAGACAGCCACCGUUACGGUGUGUUCGCUGCCGCCAUUGUAACACAGGCUGUUGUCUCUCUUCUGCCCAGUCGCUACUUGAGUCAGAUCCAGACUUUCACUAUUGUUUUGAACAUGGCCGUCAUUUUCAUCCUUGUCAUCGCUUUGCCAAUUGGUGUAAAGAAUCAGGGCAGAUCCUUGAAUAGUGGAUCAUUUGUCUUUGGCAACACUACCAAUGGCACUGAUUGGCCCUUUGGCUGGAGUUUCUUCCUCUCAUGGCUAGCAGCGAUCUGGUGCGUCAGCUCUCAUGAUUCUUGUAUCCAUAUGUCAGAGGAAGCCUCUAAUGCCCCUGUUGCUGUUCCCUUUGGUAUCCUUUUGUCGAUUGGCCUCUGCUGGGUCUUGGGUUUCUUGGUGAUGGCCAUUCUUGCUGCAGUCAUCAACCCUGAUUUCCAGGCUGUCUUGAAUACACCCACCGGAAAUCCUUUGGCACAAAUUAUCCAGGAUGCACUCGGAAGUCGCUGGGCCAUUGGCCUCAUGGCCGUCUUCACUGUGAUUCAAUGGUGCAUGGGUCUCAGUUCCGUCAUGUCUGCCUCUCGUCAGACCUGGGCGUUUGCUCGUGACGACUGCUUGCCUUUCUCUGGCUGGACCAAGAAGGUCACCCGUUCUUUGCCUAUCAACGCUAUUCUGUUCGCCUGCGGGUUUUCUCUGCUUAUCGGCCUGCUCAUUCUUGUUAAUGAAACCGCUGCUAGCGCCAUUUUCUCUUUGGCCAUCUCCGCCCUCCAGCUCUCCUGGGCCAUGCCUAUUUUCUUCCGUGUGCUCAAUUACGAUCCCGAUGCUUUUGUCCCGGGACCAUUCUUCAUGGGUCACACCUUGUCCAAAAUUUCUGGAUGGAUCUCUGUUAUCUACUCCCUGUUCUGCAUUUGCGCUCUUUCGAUGUUCCCAACUGUUGCGGAUCCCGAUGCAAGUGAGAUGAACUACACGGUGGUUAUUUCAGUGUUUGUCUGGGCUGGGUCUUUGAUCUACUACUACUUCUGGGCUUACAAGUGGUAUGAUGGUCCUAAACUCAGUGUCAACAUGCCUGUCGAUGCUGAGGUGCUUAGUGGCAUUGAAAAGAACGGCGAGAAUGGCGGCCACUUGGUGCACCUGGUGUCCAAAGAUCCAGAUGCCCACCAAAACGGCAUUUCGAACGUCAACUCAAGCGUUGACCAUGAGUCGGUCGUCUACCGAAACAAGCUUUCCGAUGGAGAUGACCACUCAGUACUCUCUUUCACUUAA